AUGAAAACAACGUACGAGAGUGCCAAAUUAUGCUUGGACACUAAUUACCAUGGUGUAGAGAAUGUUACUGAAGUUCUUCUUCCACUGCUGCAAAAUUCCCCUUCACCAAGGAUUGUUAAUGUCUCCUCCCGUAGAGGAGCUUUAAACCGAAUGCCAAACGAGGAGAGGAGAAAGGAGCUUGGAGAUAUUGAAAACCUGACAGAAGAUAAAAUUGACGAGAUUCUGCAGAACUUUUUGCAUGAUCUGAAACAAGACUCUCUCGAGGUGAACGGUUGGCAGAUGAUGCUACCAGCAUAUAGCAUAUCAAAACUAUCACUUAAUGCUUACACCAGAGUUCUUGCAAGAAAGUACCUGAAAAUGUGCAUCAAUUGUGUCCAUCCUGGGAUCAGCGAUUGCUCUCUCUCUCUCUUUUGCUUGUAA